AUGCAGGAGGGGARUCUGCCACCAGGAGGGCUGACCUUCGAGGACAUCGCUGUGAACUUCACCCGGGACGAGUGGCAGCAGCUGAGCCCUGAACAGAGACGUCUGUACCAGGAGGUGACGCUGGAGAACUACCGCAACCUGGUCUCCCUGGGAGGAGAGGAGACCGUYAAGCCCGACGUGAUCCUGAGGCUUGAGAGAGGCCAGGGGCCGUGGUCAGCGGAGGAGGCCGGGGCGCAGAGCAGCGGCACGGGAAAAGCCUGCGAUGUCCGAGGGCAGGUUCGGCGGCCACGGACCAUGCCCAGGGCUCUCCGGAGAGAAGCGGUGCCCAGCGACAGGGCAGCGCUGACCCGGGGCCGGCCGCGAGGCUCGCGGCACCAGGAGAGGGUGCUGCCCAGCGCCGAGGAGGCUCCCCGGAGACGCAGGCUCCCCGAGCGCGGCCCUGCGCGGCGCGGACGGCCUCGGAAACGCAGUGUGGACCGGGAAGACGGCGCUSGGAAUGGCUCCCCUGAAGGCCAUAGGGCUGGGAAGUUAAGUGGCCACCCACCGUUCCAGGCUGUGGAGAAGCCCUUCGGCUGCGACGCCUGUGGAGAGUCGGCCUGCGGCCAGUGUCUGCGCCCGCGCCGGCCCGCGCCGACCGCCGGGGAGAGGCGCUACCCGUGCGCCGAGUGCGGCAAGACCUACAAGCAGAAGCCCAACCUGGUCCAGCACCAGGCGACGCACGCCCAGCAGAAGCCCUACAGCUGCAGGGUCUGCGGCAAGGCCUUCGCCUGGCAGUCGGCGCGCAUCAACCACGAGAAGAUCCACAGCGCUGAGAGGGCCUACGGGUGCGGCGCGUGCGGCAAGGCCUUCAAGCUCAAGUCGGCCCUGGCGCAGCACCUGCGGGUGCACGCGGGCCAGAGGCCGCACCGCUGCGCCGACUGCGCCAAGGCCUUCGUGUUCAGGUCGGACCUGCUGCGACACCGCAGGACGCACACCGGGGAGAAGCCCUACCGGUGCACCGUGUGCGGGCGGGCCUUCGCCCAGAAGUCCAACGUCGUGGACCACGAGCGCAUCCACGCGGGCGAGCGCGCCUUCGCGUGCGAGGACUGCGGCCGCACCUUCAAGCAGAGGAAGAACCUGCUGCAGCACCGCGGCGUGCACACCGGGCGGAAGGCCCACGCGUGCGACCGCUGCGGGAGGGCCUUCCUGCAGAAGUCCAACCUGCGCACCCACCGGCUGACGCACUUCGGGGAGAAGGCGCACCGCUGCGCCGAGUGCGGCAAGGCCUUCAGCCGCAAGCUGGGCCUCCUCCUGCACCGGAAGACGCACACCGGGCAGAAGCCGCACGUGUGCCCCCGGUGCGGGAGGGCCUUCGCCGACAGGUCCUACCUCGUGAGGCACCAGAGGAGGGUGCACCCCGGAGAGGAUCCAGCCAGUGACCAGGGCAGCCUGGGCUGCGCCCCGAGCCCCAGGGGGCCUGCAGUUUGA